AUGGAAUGCAUUAUUUGGAAUUCAACGUUGAAAAUAUUCUCACGCCUGCAGAAAAUUCCCAUGAAAGACUUUGCCGCCGAGAUAAGAGCGCAUCUGGAUGUUGAACAGUUCCUCAGUCAGGCUCAGCUGAUGUUGGACGUGCAAGAAAACGACUUGAAACAGAUCCUCAACGAGAUGCUACAUCACUUGAUGGACCACGAAGAGAGCGUCAGUGCGUUCCAGGAAGCCAGCAGGGCCCUCUUCACCGACGCCACGGGUCAGUUAGGCUUCAUCGGUCUGUCGAAAUCCAUCCAAUGCACGUGCAGCUCCUACGGCGGUUCAUACGAUUACGACCAGUCCUGGAUUUGCGUUCUCUGCACUGCGGCCACCGUACAGAAGCGACACGUGGCGAUCGCCCGUCUCAGAAGUCCUGCCAAUUUGGGACGAACUUGUCAGGAAGUCUGGUUCAUCAUCAUGGUUGUCACAUCCACUAAAGAGGCAUUUAUUAACAUCAAAGGUACAAAGAAUGCAUUGGAGACUGGUCGAACAUUUGCCACAUUAUUUGCCGAUAUUGAUCUUCGACUGCGCUUGCUAGGGGCUCGAACCGAGCAGGAGUUCAAGCAGGUCAUGUGGGAACACAUGAAGGAACUGGCCGAGGAACAGUGCGAGGACAACAGCAAGAGAAAAAUGUCUGGAGAUUCAAACUGCAAAAUGGUCGACCCGCAGGUGCAAAACUCGUCCCGAAUGUGCUGGAUAGGUAGGGGCAUCAGGGAGGACCUGAAGAGGAGGCUUCCUCACUAUCUCUCGGAUUUCAAAGACGGAUUUGUCGGUCAGAACACCUUACACAAAACAGUAUCAACCACUUUCUUCCUCUACUUUGCUUGCAUCCUUCCAGCCAUUGCCCUUGGAGUAUUAAACUAUAACAAUACCAGUGGAAAAAUUGAUGUGACAAAAGCAAUAUACUCGCAAACUAUCGGUGGGUUGUUUUUUGCGCUAAUGGGCGGACAACCGAUGGUCAUAUUGCUUACGACGGCUCCACUAGCUCUCUACACUAAAGUAAUCUACAACAUAUGCCAAGAAUGGGGAUUAGAUUUCAUGUCCAUGUUUGCCUGCAUCGGCCUGUGGAAUUCGUUUUUCUUGCUUAUCUACGCUUUCACAGACGCCAGCAAACUUAUGAAGUGGUGUACCAGAUCCACUGAAGAAAUAUUUGCCAUAUUUAUAUCUUUGGCGUUUGCUUUUGACGCCUUCAAGGACGUUGUAUCAGACUUCCACGAAAAUUACAACUCGAAGGCAUGCCUGCAGUCCUCUUCUUCAUCAUCUUAUUACCACACGCUGACCAACGACUCCAUCAUAACCAAUGCAAUACAAUCUGCUCUAACAUCAUCACUGUCAUCAUCCUCAUCGCCGCUGUCUCUCUUCUCAGAAAACAGUCUCUUGUACUUGCUACUGAUGCUUGGAACAGUGUGGCUAGGCCUCUCUCUGUACAACUUCACAAAAACUCCGUUUUUAAAUGCAAGUAAGCGUGAGUUGCUAGCUGACUGUGCUCUACCAGUUUCCGUCAUCCUCAUGUCUUUCUUUGGUUCAUACGUUUUUAGGGAAGUCAACUUGAAAAAAUUUCAAGUAAUCGAUAAAGGAGAUUUGUUCAAAUUGCCGAGAGACAUGCUAAACUUAACUAUGGCAUUAGGGUUUUGCUUGUCUUUGUUAUUUUUUAUGGAUCAGAACACAGCGAGUGCCAUUGUUAACAGUCCAGAUAACAGACUCAAAAAAGGCCCGGCUUACCACUGGGAUCUAGUAGUUAUAGCGAUAAUAAACGCCAUAUUGAGCUUUCUAGGUCUUCCAAUGGUUCACGGAGCUCUGCCACACUCUCCGUUGCAUGUCAGAGCCAUGGCAGACAAGGAGGACAGAGUGUAUCAAGGGCGUGUCCACUUAAAGAUUGUGAGCGUACGAGAAACACGGGUUACAGGAAUAUUAUCUCACAUACUCAUAGGGCUUUCGGUUCAUUUUAUAGACAAGUUGCAAAGUAUACCAAGGCCGGUGUUGGAUGGUUUAUUUUUAUAUCUAGCAAUCACUGCCCUCCACAGCAAUCAAAUGUUUGAAAGAAUUAUGCUACUUCUGACUGAACAGGCGGCUUACCCACCAAACCACUACAUAAGAACAGUUCCACAAAGAAAGAUACAUCUAUUCACAUUUAUACAACUAUUGCAGUUGGCCAUCUUAUGUGGAUUUGGAUUUGCUCCAGUGACUUAUCUGAAAAUGGUCUUUCCUAUUCUGCAUUUAGUCAUGCUCCCGAUAAGGCAUAAAGUAGUUCCACACUUGUUCGAACGAAAAUUUCUUCAAUCAUUGGAUGGCCAUUGA